AUUAUUCUCUCACACCCAAAACCAGAAUCAUUGCACUCCUGAACUUCCCCUGCUUCUCUUGGACUAUGACUUGGUAAAAAUAUCACCACUUUUCCAACCUUUCCUGUUCCUAUUCCUAAUCCAAGCAAAACUGCUGACUUUAGUCAAAUUCUACUGCCAUCUUUCUUCUUUACCUACUCACCCUUAACUUUUGUGGAAAUUUCCCAGCAACCCAAAUGCUACAGAGUCACACACUUGAGCUGCUGACAAUGUGCAGCACUAGCAUCACGUGAGCUCCUUCCUUUCCAGGUCCCAUCAAAAGCCUCAUUUCCAUCCUCAGUAUGGACUCACUGAAUCAUGGCCAUGGACUCACUGACCAUGCUCAAGCAAUGGCGUGCUAGCACUACCAAGGUCUCACGCACUACCAUUGCCAGUACCAUCCUUCAAGAAGAUGACGAUGGAGAUGGUGAUGAUGAAGGCCCUUUUAUAGACCUGGAGUUCUCCGUUCCAGAUGAGGACUCUUGCAAGGACUCUGAUGAUGAUGCUACUGCUGCUGCUCUUUGUGAUUUAGAAACCUCUUCGCUUGUUUUCUCAUCCUCUGAGUCUAACUCUAAGCCUCAGUUCGCUGUUUCUCUUCUCAAGUCUGCCACCAAGUUCCGUGUUUUCAUGUUAGGCUCUAAGAAACCCAAAACCUCUGCUUCUUCUCCCAAACACCAACUCAACAACGACAACAACGACAACAAGAAGAUGUUUGUCAGGUUUAAAGUUGAGGAGGUUCCUCUUGUGUCACUCUUCACUAGGGACACCAGUUCUAAGAACAACAACAGUAACAGUGAAUCCACUGCUGCUGCUGCUGCUGCUGCAACAGAUGAUAAGAAGUUCGCUAAGGAAGUGUUGCAAAAGUAUCUUAGCAAGAUCAAGAAGUUGAGGUUUUCAGGACAAGUUGGUUCAGUUUCAUCUGUUUCCAAGCCUGGUUCUGAUGGAGACCCACCACCAUUCGGAUUGAAAACAGUGAACCGGCGUCUCGGAAAGUCUCGGUCAGCGUCGGCCACGGUGGCCGCCGUCCGUUCACCACCUCGCCGGCGUGAUGACUCACUGUUGCAGCAGCAGGAUGGGAUCCAGAGUGCCAUCGCUCACUGCAAACGUUCCUUCAAUGCUGAAAAAGCUGCGGAGCUACCACUUGUGAGAUCUAAUAGUGAUCCUGGUAAUGGAAGACAAGAGACAUGCAAAGCUGAAACAAAAGUUGAUUUGCAUUAACGAAAGGAAAAGGAAAAAAAAAAAGAAAAGAGAAAAUGAUUACUUUAUAUGUUACUCUUCUUCUAAUGUGGUGAUCCUUUUCUUUUUAGAACUCUGUGCCCAGUUUGUCUCUUUCUUUAUUGACUUGUAAUUACAGUUGAGUGAGCGAGUGAGUUUGUGAGUGAAAGACAAAUACAUAACAGUGAUGGUUUCUCUGAUGCUUGUAUCUCAAAGAUUCUCACUUCUUUGGAAACGCUGCUACUCAGCCAAGUAUUCUUUACUCA